AUGCUGUUGGAUCAAUUGAAAGCGGUUCUCGAAAUACGUAUAAAACGAGAUCUCGAUCGCAAACUAGUGGUAGCUUCUCCAAAUACUGUUGACUUUUCCUCAAACGAUUUUUUAGGCCUUUCUCGAAAUUCUUUAUUUCAUAAAAAGUAUAUAGACCAAUUAUCGAAAUUUCAACGACCACUAGGCUCGACUGGUUCACGUUUAUUAGAUGGAAAUUCUGAAUUUGCAGAAACAUUAGACAUAUUUUUGUCUCAAUUUCAUAAUGCUGAAACUGCAUUGACCUUUACUUCAGGGUUUGAUGCAAAUGUUGGGUUUUUCAGUUGUGUUCCACAACCAGGUGAUGCUAUAAUUUUUGACGAAUUCAUACAUGCGAGUGUACAUGAUGGUCUAAAGGUUUCAAGAGCUGCAUUGAUUACUGGAUUUAAACAUAAUGAUAUUGAACAUCUUAAAGAAACUUUAAUUAAAACUGUCGAAAAAGUCGGUCCAGAAAAGAAUAUAUUGGUUGCAGUAGAAAGUUUAUAUUCUAUGGAUGGAGAUUUUGCUCCACUUCGAGAAAUUGUUGAAGUUCUGAAACCUUAUAAUGCAUAUUUGUUUGUCGAUGAGGCCCAUGCAACUGGAGUAUAUGGAGAUCAAGGUAGAGGAAUUGUUUGUGAAUUGGGUUUAGAACGACAAGUUUUUGCGCGUCUUCAUACUUUUGGAAAAGCUUUAGCGGCAAUACUUGGACCAAAGGUUUUAAGAUCGUAUUUAAUCAAUUAUGCGAGACCAUUAAUAUUCUCGACUUUUUUACCGUACAAUAGCCUUCUAGCUAUCAAAUGUUCAUAUGAGAUUAUGUCUGGAGAAAUUGGGGAUCAACUUAGAAAAAAUUUAAUGAAAUUAAUUCUUAAAUUUCGUUCUAGCAUCAAUUUACCAUCAGAUGUAUUAUUACCUUCUACCAGCGCAAUUCAAGGAAUUAUUGUUCCAGGCAACGAAAAUGCUGUAAAAUUAAGUCGCACAAUUCAAAAGGCAGGUUAUAAUGUGAAACCUAUAAGAUCGCCUACUGUACCAUUAGGUAAAGAACGUUUAAGAAUCUGUAUUCAUGCUGAUAAUACUGAAGAAGAAAUUCAAGGAUUAGUGAAUGAAAUUGAAAAUUAUUUUAAAUCCAAUGGAAAUAUAACAUAUUACAAGGAAAAUAUUAAAAAUGAUAAUAAUUCAUUUUCAGAAAAAUCAACGAAACAUAUAUUUAGGCAUAAUUCAAAGUUGUAA